CCUCUCUAGAGGGGACACAGGGCUCCACUUCCCCCCCUCCCCACUUCCGCUGUGCUGUCUAGAGCUCUGUGUGCAUCUCUCCUACAUAAGCCUUUAGGAUUUUUUUAUUUUUUAUUAUUUUAUUUAUUUAUUUUUUUGGUUGGGGGGAGAGGCUAUUAGGAAGUGAUCAGCCAUCAUGUCGCUAUGGGAGAAUGAUGUCCCAGUGGUUAACAACCUCUGCUUUGCUGUUAUCAGUUGAUGCAGAGAGGGGGUGUUUGCAAGGAAGGCAAUGUGACAGUCCUAAAAAAGAUUAAGACAGAGGGGGAGAGAGAAAGAAAAAGACAGAGGGGAGGGCUGUAACUGUCACAUUAUUUUAUAAAGGGGGGGUUAGAUGAAGAAGGGCAGUCAAGACUGAGGCGACCCCUACUCCCCUAAGACGACAAAAAAUGCAAAGGGAGGGUGCUGAUUUGGAACCGUUAAGGGGGAAAGGGGAUAAACUAGCAGACGAAUGUAUGCAGCUGUGUAUCUAUAGACAUAUUUAACUGGAUGCUGUGGGUCCUGCUUCAACAUCAAGGAUUGCAGUUUUUUGGGGGGGAGGGAGCGGGGAGAUGACCAAUUCUGACCUUUGCGGAGAAGAGGGAGGCAAUAGAAGAAGAGAGACUGCUUUUUUGGGGGAAUUAGACACAUCUUUGACAAUUUCAUAUAUAUGCACAUGAGCGCAAACACCAUGAUAUUUAUGGUACUGGGGGCGUCCGUUGUUAUGGCAAUAGCUUGCUUGAUGGACAUGAACGCUCUUUUGGACCGAUUUCACAAUUAUAUCUUACCGCAUUUAAGAGGAGAAGAUCGUGUUUGUCAUUGCAACUGUGGAAGGUAUCAUGUUCAUUAUGUCAUCCCAUAUGAUGGAGACCAAUCGGUGGUGGAUUCCUCAGAGAAUUACUUUGUCACCGACAAUGUAACAAAGCAGGAAAUAGAUCUGAUGCUGGGACUCUUGUUGGGUUUUUGUAUAAGCUGGUUCCUGGUGUGGAUGGACGGGGUUCUACAUUACGCCGUUAGGGCAUGGCGGACCAGCAGACGGUAUGACAACACAUGGUCCUGGAUUCCAAAGUUUUGUAACUUGAGGGAUUUCCGGAAACGCCACCCGCGGCAGUAUGAUGACACCAGUGGGAAUAUGGUUCAUAUUAAGCAAAAGCUGUAUCAUAAUGGCCACCCUAGUCCUAGACAUCUUUGAGGGGCCCUCUACAGACAGUAUCCUCUACAGUCAGGAGAUAUGGGACAUUUCUUUCCUUUUGGGGAAUAUAAAAAAAAAAAAUACAGAAAUCUGUGAAUUCAUUUUCCGAAAUGGGAAGACAGUAGGAAAGCAAUUUUCUUCCUUCAUGCCUUGUGCUCCUGCCAUUAUUUGGUAGGGAAACGACUUCAUAUAGAAAGUGGAAAGGAAUCCAACUUAAGGACCUCGGUACAUGUCCCCGGGCCUUUGAUUUUAUUGUGGAACUUCUGUAAAUAUGUAAAAAAAAAAAAAGGAAAAAAAAGAUUCUAACAAGGACGCGUCAUUAAUACUUUCAAAAGUGCAAGGUGUGGAAACCUCAAGACUUAUUCUAAAUUUUGUGUGUGUAUGUAGUGAUGGGGGUUUGGGCAGUUGAGUGUAUUUUGUUGCAUCACGCUGUAAAAUUUGGUAUGGCAGCACACUACGUAACAAAAAACAAAAAAACAAAACUUGUCGAUCUUAGCAGCCAGAAAGUGUCUGAAUCAAUCUCUCUCUUCAGUCAGUUUGAAGAAGUCUCACAUGGGCUGCUAAGACAACUAAACUAUGGUCUUCAGUGGAUCAAACCAUUUUACCUCCCCACUGCCCUACUGUGUGCUUACAAAGAGUACGCUGAGAGGCAUUUUAAAAGUGCAGUUCCACUUACACUAGCACAGAGAAAUAUUCUUUAAAGAAACCAAUGAAAUAAAAAUAUGAAUCCUUGAAGACAUACGUUGUCAUGGGGUCAUCAUUUCCCUUGUUCUGUGUUUCAGAAAUAUUGUUGUAAUAAUUGUUUUUGUUUGUGAGUACCGUUGAAAAUGUCUGACAGUUUCUGGCUAUCUCUGUGGUACUUGUCCUUGUACAUCAUGCAAACUGGCUUAAAAUCCCAAAUAACAACAACAACAAAAAAAAAUGAAUAAAACAAUAACAACACAUCUUUAGAUUAGGAUGAAAUUGUCAUAAAUGUGGUUUUAUUGUGAGGUGAUACCUCUUUUUUGCAUUCCUAAACUAUGUUGCUAAGUGGGACUGCACCUUUAAAGAAUUUGCUGUGACAAGAGGGUUGGAGUAAUGGGGAUUCUUUGAUGUUAGUUGCAAGCCCCGGCAAGACUCACUGGCAGAAAGAUAAAAUAUGGAUAUAUUUAAAAACCAUCCAAUGUGUUUUAUUAUAUAUUUCAAUUCUGUUUAAAAAGAAAAAAAAAGAAAUGUUGGAUUUCACGAACAUGUUUUUGUUUGUUUGCUGCUUCUUGUUUUGUGUUAGUUCUCCUUUCAAAUAAGUUUCUUGUAUUCACUUCCUGCGAAGUGGCUCGAUGGUAAUGAUGACGAUGAUGAUGAUAAAAUGGUGAAACUGCAUGGGAAUGUGGCAGAUUUCCAUAGAACUUUGCAUGAAGGUUCUCUGCCUUUCGGUACACCUUUUUGUCUUUGAUUUCAAGAUUGUUCAUUUUUUUUUGUUUUCUGUGUGUUGUCGUGGGUGUUUUUUUUCUGGGUGUUUUAUUUUACUCGGACAUUUGAAGGUUCAUCAAUGGUUGUGUCUAAUAAGGGCACUGUGUUUGUGUGUGUAACUGGAAUUGUUUCUUUAGCAUCAACAGCUCAUGCCUUAAUGAUAAUAGACAUCAAAAGGUUUGUUGAUCAUUUAUAAUUGCCAUGGAAACAAAUAGGAUUGGAUGAAAGGGAUUGGAUGUUAAGAAAAUACAGAGGUAAUGUUUAAUGUUUCAGUAGGAUUUACAAUCAUAAUGCCAUAAGCCAUCAUGACCAUGCUAAGGUAUAACUUAAACAGCCUGUUAUUGUAAGCACUUUAUUUAACCUUGGGAGUACUAGAAUAGUGUUCAAUGCAAUGUGAUACUUAUUUUAUAUGCACUGGAGGGUUUAAAUACAACAGCACGCCUUUAAUGCCCCAGUUACUUACCACUUCUUGGUCAAGAUAUCUUCCAUUUAGGGAAAUAUUAGUUAAUUACAUUUAAAUAUCAGAAGCGUUAUUUUCUCGUGUGUUUUGUUUUUUAACAAUAUGCUGCCCAUGCUACGUUUGGAUACAGUGCUCCUCCAGGUGGUCAACUUGUUUGUCACCUGCAGGAGUCACAAGAUAAAAAUGAAUCCGAUGUUAAUCCUGAAAUUGCCCCCUCAUUCUCCUACAUUGGCACGAAGGAGAUAAAAUAGGGAUAUUCCAUCUGAAACAUAUUUGAGAAUGGGAAGGGACAAUACGAGCUAUAAUAUGGACAGAGAAGGAACAGCAUGGUUUGAUUUGGUAACAGAAAGGUACAGUAUGAUAUGGCCACAGAAGGGACAGUACAAUGUAUAAUAUGGCCAGGGAUGGGACAGCACCCUCUAUAAUAUGGCCAGGCAUGGGACAGCACCCUCUAUAAUAUGGCCAGGGAUGGGACAGUAUGAACUAUAAUAUGGCCAGGGAUGGGACAGUAUGAACUAUAAUAUGGCCAGGGAAAAGACAGUACGAGCUAUAAUAUGGCUAGGGAUAGGACCGUAUGAUAUGGCUUUAAUAUGGCUAUAAAAUGGUCAGGGAACGGCAGUACGAGCUAUAUUAUGACCAGAGAUGGGACAGCAUGCUCUAUAAUAUGGCCAGGGAUGAGACAGCAUGCUAUAAUAUGCCAAGGGAAGGAACCGUACGAACUAUAAUAUGGCCAGGAAAGGGGCAGUAUGGGUUAUAAUAUGGCCAGGGAAGCAAGAGUACAAGGCAUAAUAUGGCCAGGGUAUAAUAUGGCCAGGGAAGGGACAAAAUGAUCUACCAUAUGGCCAGAAAAGGGACAAAAUGAUCUGCUAUAUGGCCAGGGAAGGGACAUCACGAUCUAUAAUGUAGCCAAGAAAGACACAGUACGAUCUUUAAUAUGGCCAGGGAAGGGGCAGGACAAGCUAUGAUAGAAAAGGGAGAGAAUAAGCUAAAUUAUGCCCAUGGAAGGUUCACUUGAGGUUAUGUGGUCAGACACCUGGUUAAUUUCUAGAUGCCUUGGCGCUAAGAUUGCCCCAUCCUUCUCCUACAGUGGCCAGAAGGCAAUUAAAUUAAGUAUUAUCCAAACAUGGUGGAAGGGAGAAGAUAGGCCACAAAGUAAGCUAUUUUCAGUAAUGUGAUCAGUUGUUGAAUGGACAAAGUCUCAGUCAGUCCACAUAGGCUUCAAUCAAGAGGCUUGCCAUCAAUUGCAGAGAUUUGAUAUGAGUUAUGCUUUCAGCCUUCAUUUGUUAAGUUACGUGCUAUACAACUGCCCUGUCUUUUGGUAUCUGCCAUAAUAUUGCCUUCUUUGGCCACAUGGCAUUGCAUUUUGCUCUUUGUCCUCUAUGUUUAUUUAUUAGAGGUCAACACAGCUCAUAACUCUAUCUCUGUAAUAGCUUGGGAGAUGCUUUAAUGUCAGCAAAGCCAAUCAGAAUGCUGACUUUCCAACAACUGGGGCUGACAACAUUCUAUAUAAAUCAAUAAUUUACAAAAUACAUGUUUACUUUUGCCCAAAACUAUUGUAUAGCCCUAUAUGUUUAGAAUAAAUGCAUACCAAAGUGAUUCAUAAAUAGUCACUGCAGUGUGCAUUGAUUCCUUAGGCACCCUAAACUCUAAGCACCUUUUAAUUUAAAGUGACAUGCAGUGCACAUAUUAAAAUUAGAGGGCACUAGCACUACCAGGACAUAGGAUUUUAUGGGGAUCAUAAUUUUUUUUCAUUUUGAUAUGAAAAUAAAAAUCUAAAUGGCUAAUCGAGGUGAAAUUGCGAGAGAGUGGUCAAAUGAUGUCUAAGGCAUAUUUCUACUGAAUAUUUUAAUUCAAUGUUUUUAUUUCUGAUUUAAAUACCAUGGUUUUUUUUUUUCAUUAAAACAUUAAUCCCCAAUAUGAUCAGCUUUUAAAUUUCUCUUAGAUCAGCUAUAGACCAUGUGUAGUAUAUACCGGUGGUCGUCAUUUGGCGACCUACCUGUUUUACGACGGCUUGCACUUAUGUUCGGGGAAAUUUCCCCGAACAUAGAUUAGAGGGAUUCCCUGCUCUGGUACAUUUGUCUAUGUUCGGGGACGUUUUCCCGAACAUAGACGAACGCACCAGAGCAGGGAAUCCCUUAACUCCUCACUUACCGACCAAUUCGUUCUACGGCCAGGUUGUAGGAACAGAACCUGGUCAGUAAGUGAGGAAUGUCUGUCUUUUAUACUGGUACUAGUAUACUUAAAACAUAGAGUAUAAAAGUGCUCAGGACCCCUGUCUAUGCAGCAAAACAUUUUGCUAAAGAUUAUGAAAUAUGUAGUUUGCAAUAGCUGAAAUGCUGAGAAUUGCUACCCCUGGUUUGGAAUCAAAGAAUAC